UGGUGAACCGAAAAAUAACAUAUCUCAAUUAUGUAAUACAAGUGCUGAACAUACAAAAAAUAAUAUAUAAAUCUUCCGCACGGCGAGUGUGUGUGAUACAAAUGAACAUAAAUAACAAACAAACAAACGUAUACAAAUAAACAGACAGAGAGAGAGGAAGAUAUAUAUAUAUAUAGAGAGAGAGAGUGAUUAAAAAACAGACAGAAUGCAGAACUCAUCGGCCUCAUGUGCCUGGUAUUUGCCAUGGUCCUUGGCUGCCCAGCAGCAUCACCACAAGCUGCUGGCCAUGCAGACACCCUUUGCGGACAAAGUGGCCGUCACACCGUCGGGUGCCAUCUACGCCGCACAGCAGCCACAAAUGCAACAACAACACUCACCAAACACCGCUGCAGCACCGCCAACAAAUUAUCAACAGCCAGCAUUGCAUCCGAGUGCCGGCCAACAUUUCUCUAUGGCGCCCGCUUAUAACUUUGGACAGCCGCUGCUUGGCGCUGCCCAAACGUCCAGCUAUCAGGGACAGUUGGCGGCGAGUGCUCAGCCCCAUCCACAUGCACAUGCACACGCACAUCCACAUUCACAUGCCCAUCCACACAGUCACUCGCAGACGCAUCUGUUGCAGUCGGCAAUGUUCUCGCCACUCUCGCUGAGCGCCUAUUAUACGGCAGCGGCAGCGGCAGCAGCUGCAGCAGCAGCGGCCGCCGGACAGGCUGGUCAAGCUAAUCAUGCUGCAUUUGGUGGCGUCAACUCCUUAUCCGCACAGCAGCAGGCGCUUUUGGCUGCGGCCACUGUGGCAGCAAGUACGGGCGGCACGCCAACGGGUCUGCUGUCACAGACAGGUUCGGUGCCGGUGCCGGUGCAGGUGCAGGUGCCGGUGGCACGUUCAGCUGCGCCGCCAGCAUGCACUCUGGUGCAGUCGAUGAAUUGCCUGCCCCAGGACCUGCAGCAUCUCUCUUCCAUUAAUCUCAAUCUGGGCGGCGUUAUGGCACAUAGGAAUCACGCAAAUAAUGCAUCAGCUCUUAACUCCAUCAAAGCAAUCCCAAAUCCAGUGGCUAUAACGCUCAACAGAAAGCUGAAUGCCGCCAGCGAGUUGGAGAAACAAAAAGUAAAAAUACCUGAGAAACGAAAGACAGAGGAAACUGAACAGAUCAAAGAUUUGAAAAAGGCAAAGCUCGAGACAAAGGCACUCAAAGCAAAACGUCCUGGUUUUACUGAUGAGAGAUAUCAGGAGACAUCCUACUACACAGAGAAUGGACUGCGAAAAGUCUAUCCAUAUUACUUUACCUUCACCACCUUUACGAAAGGCCGUUGGGUGGGCGAAAAGAUACUCGAUAUAUUCUCCAAAGAGUUCCGGGCACAUCCAGCUGAGGAAUAUGAACGCUGCAUCCAGACGGGCACGUUAACCGUUAAUUUUGAGAAGGUGCCCAUCGAUUAUCGGUUGAAACACAACGAUUUGUUAGCCAAUAUUGUUCACAGACACGAAGUACCCGUCACUUGCCAACCAAUCACAAUAGUGCAUAUGGAUGAGGACAUUGUGGUUGUUAAUAAACCGGCCUCUAUACCCGUACAUCCAUGCGGUCGAUAUAGACACAAUACUGUAGUCUUCAUACUUGCCAAGGAGUUCAAUUUGAAGAACCUACGCACAAUUCAUCGUCUGGAUCGUCUAACUUCCGGCCUGUUAUUAUUCGGGCGCAGCCCAAAAAAGGCUCGUCAAAUGGAGCAACAGAUACGCAAUAGACAAGUGGAAAAGGAGUACAUCUGUCGAGUCGAGGGUGUUUUUCCAGACGGUGUCGUUGAGUGCAAGGAACCCAUUGAGGUGGUCAGCUACAAGAUUGGCGUGUGCAAGGUGUCUCAAAAGGGCAAGGAUUGCACAACGACCUUCAAGAAGCUAUCCCAGAAUGGUAAAACCAGCGUGGUUCUCUGCAAACCACUCACGGGUCGAAUGCAUCAGAUACGCGUACACUUGCAAUAUUUGGGUUAUCCCAUACUUAACGAUCCGUUGUACAAUCAUGAGGUUUUUGGCCCAUUAAAGGGUCGCUCUGGAGAUAUUGGUGGCAAAACUGACGAUGAACUUAUACGAGAUCUCAUUAACAUACACAAUGCUGAAAACUGGCUAGGCAUCGAUUGUGACUCGGACAUAUCAUUAUUUAAAAACACAAAAGAUGAAACCGACCUCGAGAGUCUAAGUAGCGAUCAGACCUUUGCUGUGCAUCACAGCGAUGACGAUGUGGGUGCAAAUUCACGUGAAACUACACCGCCCUGUUUGGAGAACCAGCCGACGACCGACUCCAUCAAACAGCUACCCUGUACAAAUAGCAGCCAAGUAUUUUCGGCUAAAACUGAUGCCGUGCCCGCAGUGUCCCCUUUGGAUAUGGGUGUGGCAUCCGAUAAAGUUGUUAUCGAUAAACAUUGUUAUGAGUGCAAAGUGCACUACCGGGACCCAAAGCCAAAGGACCUUGUCAUGUAUUUGCACGCGUGGAAGUAUAAGGGACCUGGCUGGGAGUAUGAAACUGAACUGCCAAGCUGGGCACUUGAUGAAUGGGACGAGUGCGACUUAAGUUCCGAUAAAGUUGUAAAUUAAAUCGAUUCAGACAGUUA